CGAAAUUGCCCGGAAUUGCCCGGAAUUGCCUUCCUCGCUCGUUCUCCUCCUCGUCGGGGCGCCACAGCUAGGAAUCUUCUUCCGGUAUUCGUCCGCCACGCAGCAUCACGCAGCCCGGACGGCGCCUUCUCCACCACCGCGCACAUCAUCGUUGCUGCUCGAUGAUGUGCGCGUGUCCGUUCUAACUUCCUUCCUUGGCAACGCCAGAGGCGAACUCGAGCCGCGACGCCCAAACUAUUGCGAGGCUCAACACAAAGCAAGGAAGAGCUUGACGAGGUCAAAGCAGAGAACUGAUGCCGUCCGUCUUCCCUCUCUCCCGAGAUGGAGGGUUUCUUUGUCUGCGGCUGCGGCCGAGUGCUCCCUGACUUCGUAUGGUACGACGACAUCAACGGCAUGCAUACCUUCAUCGCACACGUCUUCGCCGUCUACUGCAGGCGCCGGAAUGCUACGACUUCAAGUACGGAAAGGCCUCAGAUAUGUUCGCAGUGGGCGUCAUCUUGUGAGCCCACGUCAAGCUUCUUUGAAAUGGCAUGCAUUUAUCUCUGUUGUGUGGCUUCCUGCAGAUUCAUGUUAAUCUACAACGAAAUGCGAUGGGAACUUGACGAGGCCAUAUAUAUAUAUGAGGAAAUCCCUUCUUGUCUCCUGUCGUCAUACGAUUGCCUUUUCCUUCCAGCCGACGGUGAGGGUAACGAAGAGCGGCAGACGAGGCCUCCCACUUUCCCCACGCUGGGCAGGAGGCUUAGUCUCGCCCUGGUCGCCCAGCAACAGAGCAGCAGCAGCCGGAGUGAAGAACGACCGCACGGCCAUCAUUCUGGAGGAGGGUGUGGUGAACAGCAAUGACUACAAGGAGCUGAUGGAGGUCGUCCACAACCUGCACCUGCCGACGGCCAUCCUGUUUCUCCCCAAGCGCACCGCCACCGCCAUCCUGCACACGUACACGACACUGGCUGGGUACACCCCGGUUGAGGCCCUUAUCUUCCAUGACGAGCACAAGAGCAAGGAGGAGCUGAACGGCAUCGGCAUCGCAGGCGUCGAGAUCGGAGUGGCCGUCACCGACGUGGCCAACAUGCCCAUCGAGCCGCAGCAGCAGCACCUCGCCCACGUCGCCCCCAGCAUCCCCAAACAGGCAGACUUCCACCUCCUCAUGACCACCUAUGCUCCCUUGCCAGGGGUGCGUGGGUGGUCAUGCCCCCAGGAUCUCCGACCGGUCUGCCCCCAGCCCAUGACGGGGCCAUCAGCGCGUUUGCUCGAGACUACGGCUACGGCUUCGCACUUCAGGGCAUGGAGGAGUAAGUACGCCAGUAAGGCGAUAGACUGCUGGGGAGAUGUGGGUGAUGACAUAAGACGACAAGAGGUCCGACACCACAAAGAUAUCCACGAGCUCAAGGUAGUUGAAAUUCAGGCACAUGAGGACGUUCCAGCUACUGUUGUGCGAUAUCUUGGUGCAUCCACCUCACAGGGCGGAGACUCGCCACUGGUACGCAUACACAAUGCACAUGACCUGCAGAUGUGCUCUUUCUUGAUCUCUGUUUCUUCAGGCUCUUCAGCGUAGGGACACCAGAGAGCUCACAGUCUCGGGUGGCGCUGUCGAGCCGAGAAACCUGCGGACAGAAGGACGGCCCCGAACACUUGCAUUCUCCAAGCAGAAGGUACUGCAGCUUUCUGCCGCCAGCAUAUUAUCUCUUUCCGUCUGUCCUCGUCAGCCGGCAGUCAAAAAAGAAGUGAAUACUCAAGAACCAACUAGACAACCUAUGACGAGAGUGCCGCAACGUAAGUAGCAAAUUCGACACUCAAGGACGUGACACAUGCACACUUGUGUUUCGUCUGUGGUGUCUCGCGCACGAACAUUAAUCAGGCGUGGCCAUUCGACCGACCAACCAACGCGCCGCCCAACACCCACUCCUCUCAGCAACCACACACACCAGGCAAGUCAAAUGACUCAUACGAGUCUUAUGUGUGCAUGUACGGGUUCUCCUAUCUUUCUGUGCUUCCUUACACGACCAGGGCAAGAAUCGAUGCAAAGAGAAGAAAAAGCUGACAGAACAUCUACUGUAGUAGGAGACACCUGGCGUCGCCCCUGUGUCACUGAAUCGACACAGACGACGAUUGAGGUCAAGGGAUCUGUGGUUAUGUCCACUUCUUCGUGUAGGAAUACGAAGAGACCAAGGAAGAGCUCAGCCGCCGCAACGCCGAGGCCAAUGCCUUCCGGGAGGAGGCCAUGGGAAUCAUCGCGCGACAGCAAGAGGCAAUUCGGUGCGCCAUGGAGAGAAUCGAUAGGCUGGAGGCGUCGGGGGAGGCGAAAAGGGUGCAGUCGGUCGGUGUCCAGGCGAAGGUGUUAGAGGGUCCACAGAAGCAGAGGGGCAAAAGCCUCGACGAGAAUGCAUCCGUCUUGACCUGUAUGUCUGUCUCCACCUCUCUCCCGGUCUGCAGCUCCGUCACUGACCCUUCUGCAGGGUGACAACCAAGACGAAGGCUCCAGCCGGCAGAGAGGGUCAAGGCCAAGGCAUAUCAAAACGGCCGAAAUGACCCUCUCUCUCGAGAUGGAGGGUUUCUUUCUCUGCGGCUGCGGCCGAGUGCUCCCCGACUUCGUCAGCCAGUGUCCGGAGUGCAAGGCCCUCGAGGUAAAGCUCCUCCCACGCCUGCUUGAUCCACUCAUCCAUCCAUCCAUUCGUUCCUUGUCCCCUGUUGUCAUACGAUUGUCUUUCAGCCGACGGUGAGGGUAACAAAGAGCGGCAGACGAGGCCUCCCACCUUCCCCACGCGUCACAUCCUUCCUCUGUGUCUGCGUUUGUCCACCUGCAUGUGUGUGUGGGCAGGCGGAGGAGGCGCCAAGAAGAAGGCUAGCUGACUAUAGUCCAGCGACCAUACCAUCAAAGAAAUGCGCUGUCUGCUGUCUGUCUGUGUGUGUGUGUGUGUGUGUGUUGUGUGCAGGCAAGAAGGGACCCGCGGCGAGCAGCAUCCAGCAGGUGCUGCACGUCGUCGGGCCCAACCUGCUGCGGCAGCAGGUGGCCAAGAGAGGGGCUGGUGGCACCUUCGAUGGCCAUCGAGUGGCACAAUCAAGGGAAGCCCAAGGACUACGGCCUCGGUAAGAGAAAGAGCCUCCACGACCGGCAUGAUGAGCCUGUGGUUGAAGGCCUGCCAUGUUGUGUAUGAUCGUCAGCCCACGGACACACACUCGACCAGGUCGUGAAGGAGGAGCUCGACGCCUUUUGCGGCGAGGUGAGUCCCCACGGUAUCAUCAGUCUCGCAGACGCGUGAAAUGGUUCAUCUGCCUGUCUACUGCUGUGGGCUCCUGCAGGCGAAGCCACUCAAGCGCAAGAAGGGCAAGCACCGCAAGUAUGCACGGCUGAAGACUGGGGGAAGGAAGCGGCGCCAGGAGGUCUCUCUGCCUGUAAUUUGUCUCUUUGUGUGUGCUUUGUUGUAGGUAGAUAACUCCCCAGCAAAGCCGCCGGGCCUGCUGUGUGAGCAUGCGUGAGAUGUGAUCGAUGGCGUGCGGUUGCGUGGUGUUCUGUCUCUCUCCCCUUGGUAUGGUAUGUGGUAUGCAGGCCAAGGACAGCGGCGGGACGAACCGCUGCCUACAUUUUAUAUCGUUGUUUGUUCCUGGGCAUGUAUCUCCGUUCUGAUCUAUCAGUGAGACGCCGUGCAGGGGGUGUUGUGUGUUUUAUCUACCUGGAUGGAAGGGACAAUGACCGUUGGUCGAUGUGCUGCUGCUUGUCCGCGAAGAGAAGGAUGGUAGAUCUAUGUGUGGACGAGCAUAUUUGUGCGUGCCGUGCGUGUGCGUCUGGAUGUG